AUGCUGGCGACCAUGGGCUACAUCACCCCGGAGAUCACCGGCAAGCUGCCGGGCUAUCUGUCGCCUAGCGCAGGGCUCAAGUUUGCGGACGUCCCGAACGGCCUCGGUGCGAUCUCCAAGGUUCCCGCGGCGGGCUGGGCGCAGAUCGUGGCGUACGGCGCUUUCUGCGAGCUGUCGCAGGACCAGUCCGCUGGCACCGCCGCCGCGGCGGGUGACUUCGGCUUCAAGGUGCUGACGUCCACCGACGCCGCGGAGAAGCAGAAGAAGCUUGCGGCGGAGAUCGCCAACGGCCGCCUGGCCAUGAUGGCGAUCAUCGGAAUGUUUUUUCAGGACGGCCUGACCGGCUCUGCGUGGGGCGACUGGGCGCUCUACACGGGCUCUCCGCUGCGCGCCUUCGAGAACGAGUUGGGCGUGCAGCCCCCCGCCGGCUUCUGGGACCCCGCGGGGUUCACCGCCGACGGCAGCGCGGCGGACUUCGCCCGCAGGCGCGCCACCGAGAUCAAGCACGGCCGCGUCGCGAUGCUGGCGGCCAUGGGCUACAUCACCCCCCAGCUGAUCGGACCCUUCCCUGGCUACCUCUCCCCGAGCACUGGCCUGAAGUACGCGGACAUCCCGAACGGGCUGGGUGCGCUCUCCAAGGUCCCCUUGGCGGGGUGGGGGCAGAUGUUCCUGUACUGCGCGUACGUGGAGAUCUCGCAGGACCAGACGAUCCCAGGCUCUCCCGCCUCCCGCGGAGAGUUCGGCUUCAAGCUGCUGACCUCCAGCGACCCUGCAGAGAGGCAGAAGAAGCUUGCUGCCGAGAUCGCCAACGGUCGUCUCGCCAUGAUGGCCAUCAUUGGGAUGUUCUUCCAAGACGGCUUGACCGGCAGCGCGUGGGGCGACUGGGCGCUCUACACGGGCUCCCCCCUGCGCGCCUUUGAGAGCGAGCUCGGCGUGCAGGCCCCCCUUGGCUUCUGGGACCCGCUGGGCCUGUCCUCGGACGGUGACGUCAUGUCCUUCAAGCGCCGCCGCUCCGUCGAAAUUAAGCACGGCCGGAUCUGCAUGAUGGCCACUAUGGGCUACCUCAGCAAGUCC